AUGGCCAAUUUCCUCACCAAUCUUUGGGCACGGUCCCCUCUCAAUCCGUCGUUUGAGUCUGUCGAACUGCCAAUGGGCUCCUCUGAACCUCUCAUGGCUAAUGCUGAUAAGGAGCUCGACCUCGAGACGCCAGCGUCCGAAAAGUGCGAGUUCAGGAUUGAGGGAAUGACCUGCGGGGCGUGUGUGGAGUCCAUCGAGGGGAUGCUACGACCUCAGGAAGGGAUCCACUCGGUCAAGGUGGCCUUACUCUCGGAACGUGGGGUUGUUGAGUAUGACCCUUCGCAGUGGAAUGCAGAGAAGAUCGUCAGCGAAAUUGAGGACAUAGGCUUCGACGCUACCGUUAUCCCGCCAACGCGAGAGGACUCGAUAGUCCUUCGUGUGUAUGGCAUGACCUGCGCUUCCUGCACAAACACCGUCGAGUCUGGUCUGUCGUCGGUCCCUGGUAUAUUGAGUGUAUCAGCGUCCCUCGCUACCAACACUGUAACCAUCCAGUUUGACCGGGCGUUCAUCGGACCUCGGGAGAUGGUGGAGCGCAUAGAGGACAUGGGUUUUGAUGCCAUGGUAUCUGACCAUAACGAUGCAACCCAAGUCCAGUCGCUUCAGAGAACCAAAGAGGUACUUGAAUGGCGGUCACGAUUCCUGUGGUCUGUCGCGUUCGCUGUUCCAGUUUUCUUCAUUUCCAAGAUAUGUCAUCUUUUUCCACCGCUGAGAAUGCUCCUUUCCAUGCACCUGUGCACUGGUAUUCAUCUCGAAGAUGUCAUCCUUCUCCUACUCACUACUCCCGCACAAUUCUGGGUGGGUGCUAAAUUUCACCGUAACGCAUUCAAGUCUCUGAAACAUGGAACCGCCACAAUGGAUGUAUUGGUCAUGCUGGGUACCUCGGCCGCUUAUUUUUAUUCCGUCGGGGCCAUGUUCUUCGCGCUGUUCAAUGAUACACCAGGCUUCCACCCUAUGCUAUUUUUCGAUACUAGCACCAUGUUGAUCAUGUUUGUCUCCCUUGGCCGCUACCUGGAGAACAAGGCCAAGGGACGUACGAGCGCUGCUCUAACGGAUCUCAUGUCCCUCGCUCCUUCGAUGGCUACAAUCUACACGGAUGCACCAGCGUGUACUCAGGAAAAGAAAGUGCCGACUGAACUCGUUGAAGUCGGCGACACGGUCAAGCUGGUUCCCGGUGAUAAAAUUCCCGCUGAUGGUACCGUUUUGCGAGGAUCGUCCAGUGUGGAUGAGAGUGCUAUCACCGGUGAAGCGGUUCCUGUGGUCAAGCAGGUUGGAGACACGGUUAUCGGAGGCACAGUCAAUGGACUGGGUGCUUUUGACAUGGUCGUUACGCGUGCGGGAAAAGACACCGCUCUAUCGCAGAUUGUUCGUCUGGUCGAGGAGGCUCAAACAUCUAAAGCUCCAAUCCAAGCUUUUGCGGACAAGGUGGCAGGAUACUUCGUUCCGGCAGUGAUAUCGCUUGGGGUGGUGACAUUUCUGAUCUGGAUGGUCUUGUCCCAUGUCGUCAAUGAUGAGAACCUACCAAUGAUGUUCCACCGACACGGAGCUAGUAAACUCGCGAUAUGCUUGCAGAUGUGCAUUAGUGUCAUUGUGAUUGCGUGUCCAUGUGCGCUCGGCCUCAGUACGCCUACUGCAAUUAUGGUGGGAACUGGGAUGGGGGCAAAGAAUGGGAUUCUGAUCAAAGGUGGACGAGCGCUAGAAGCAAGUAAAUCCAUCAAGAGAGUCGUCUUGGACAAGACGGGAACGGUUACAAUCGGCAAACUAACAGUUGCGGGGCUGUGGUGGGUUCCAGGGCAUCAGAAUGAAGAGUCGUAUGGAGGUGACUCGCAAUUGGACGGCAAGUGCGCGGAUGGAGUAACUGACAGGAUGGAUGUUAUUGCGAUGGUAGCUGCAACGGAGGCGCGAUCCGAGCACCCUCUUGCCAAGGCGAUAGCGACGUUCGGGAAAGAGCUUUUGCGAGAUCAACCACUCCCUGAAGUCGCUGUGGAUCAAUUCGAGAGCGUUACUGGAGCCGGCGUUAAGGCCGUUCUUGCCUGCCGCGGGCAGCGGUAUACGUUACUCGUUGGUAAUACGCGCUUCGUAACCAGGUCUGAUGAAGAAAUGCCGUCUUCAAUUCUGGGAUUCGAGAACCAGGAAACUGAACAGGGCAGGACUGUCAUCUAUGUGUCGAUACAGAAAGGGUCUUCGCGGGAGUCCACGCUCAUUAUGGCCGUGUCCUUGUCAGAUGCUCCGAAGCCUUCGAGUAAACAUGCGAUUCGGGCCUUGCAGAAGAUGGGUGUUGAGGUGAAUAUGAUGACUGGUGAUGGGAAGGCUACUGCCUUCGCUAUCGCGAAGCAGGUAGGAAUCAAGCAAGAUGGGGUUUGGGCAGGAGUCUCUCCGGGAGGCAAAGCGACGCUAAUUACCGAGUUGAUUGAGAAGCAUGGCGACGGUGUCGCAAUGGUCGGAGACGGUAUCAACGACUCUCCUGCUCUUGUUGCGGCCACUGUAGGAAUCGCAUUGUCCUCUGGAACGUCUGUGGCCAUCGAAGCGGCUGAUAUCGUGCUGAUGCGUUCUGACCUUCUUGAUGUUGUCGCGGCUCUUCACCUAUCUCGGAAGAUCUUUGCUGUGAUCCGACGCAAUCUUAUAUGGGCGUGUAUUUAUAAUGUUCUGGGAGUCCCGCUUGCGAUGGGGGUACUUUUACCGUUUGGACUGUACAUGCCGCCGAUGUUUGCAGGAGCGGCGAUGGCGUUCUCGAGUGUUAGCGUUGUUACGAGUUCGUUGACGCUCAAAUGGUGGCGUAGACCGAAGGAUAGCGUUAUGCCUGGUGAAAUGGUGCCAGAGGAAGGGGGGUUCCUUGAUGAUGCGAUGAGCGUUGUCGCAGAUGCCUGGGACAGCAUCAGGGGAGGUAGAAGUAGAGAUGGGUAUCGUCAGCUACCGGUGGAGAUGACGAGCACAUCGGUGUCUUCGUCUGCUGUGUGA